AUGUCCUCAUUAUUAAAAUCCUUUGUGACGAGAUCUCUACCUAAGACAACACGUAGAUUUCAACAAAAAGCUCUCUUUUCGUAUUCAAGGAAUAUACUGAAUAGUAAGGAACCUAUUACUAUUGAAGAUGAUAUUCUUAAAGAUAUUGGUAAUAUUUCUCUAAGUAGUAUAAAAAUUAACAGGGAUAUCUCUAAAGGGACUGAAGCCAAAGUUAGUGAGCAAAUUAAACAUAAUGAGACUACUGAUAAUUUAUUUCAUUUUAGUACAUGGAAAGGUGCUACUGUGAUAGGUAUGAUUGCAGCUACAAGUUAUUAUUUUAUUAGAAAGGAGAAAGAAAGAUUAGAAAUUGAAAAAGAAGCUGAAGCAAAUAGACCAGUAGUUGGUGGACCAUUUGAAUUGAUGGAUAUGAAUGGAAAUAAAUUUACUGAAAAUGACCUUUUAGGUCAUUUCACUAUUUUAUAUUUUGGAUUUACUCACUGUCCUGAUGUUUGUCCUGCAGAAUUAGAUAAAUUAAAUGUAUGGUUAAAAAAAUUAGAAAAGACUCAGAAGGAGAAAGUACAACCAUUAUUCAUCACAUGUGAUCCAAUUAGAGAUACUCCAAAUGUCCUAAAGGAUUAUUUAAAGGACUUUCAUCAAAGUAUUGUAGGGUUAACUGGUACAUAUGAUCAAAUUAAAGAGAUGUGUAAGACUUACAAGGUGUUCUUCUCUACACCGCAGGAUGCCAAUCCAAAGAGUGAUUAUAUUGUUGACCAUUCAACGUUCUUUUAUUUAUUAGAUCCCGAAGGAAAAUUCAUUGAUGCCUUAGGUGAUCUUUACGAUGAGGAGGAGGGUUUUGACAAGAUUCAAGCCCAAAUUAAUGCAUAUUUACCACAAGCAGAGCGCGAAAAGAGAAUGAAUAGGUGGUAUUCAUUCCUAUUGAAAUGA